CUACAAUAAGCUUACGUUGCCUGCCUGCAUGUGAACAGAGAACCCUCCGCGAACGGUACACAUGCCUACGCCAAACAUUGGGUGAAUUGCAACGAUGUCAUGGCCGGAGACAAUGGCACAUCGCGUGCGGCGGAGCGGAGAGAACCGGGGGACACAGCGGAAGUUGAGGGGCUCCUUCAGGGGGAGGCCGAAAACGACAGCCAUAGAGACCAAUCUGCGGUAGGAGAAGACGACAGCGCUCACGGUGCGAAACCCGUGAGAGGCUUGCCACGAAGACAGUCAUCUUUCGCACAGCACCGAGAGAAUGGGGCACCACGGACACCGCAUAGGGUGCGUUUCGAGGUCCGAGAGCCGGAGAUGAUAGAGGAGGCGAAUGGAACGAUGCGCCAGGAUGACUGGAUGGAGGGCGAGGACUACAUGGCAGAGGACUCUUCUUUGAACGACCAUACCGGACCGAGAGGCCAGAGAGUGCCGCUCCUGACGGACAUUCAAGCGCCAAGCAUAGCCCUUGCGAAUGACUUUGACUUCGACCCGGAAGACCUCCUGGAGUCCGCUCGCCCAAAGAGCGGCCUGAAAAGCGCCUUCAUGAACAUGGCCAAUUCGAUAAUUGGCGCCGGUAUCAUCGGCCAACCGUACGCCUUCAAACAAGCCGGUCUUUUCACUGGUAUAACCCUGUUGAUCGUACUUACCGUUGUCGUGGACUGGACUAUCAGACUGAUAGUCACGAAUUCCAAACUCAGCGGCGCCAACUCGUUCCAAGCGACUAUGGAACACUGUUUCGGCAAGUCGGGCCUCAUCGCCAUUUCCGUCGCGCAGUGGGCUUUUGGAUUUGGAGGGAUGGUGGCGUUCUGCAUUAUCAUAGGGGAUACCAUACCGCACGUACUUGCUGCGGUGUUUCCGGCACUAGACAACAUGCCGGUGCUUUGGCUGCUCACCGAUCGACGAGCAAUCAUUGUCUUGUUCGUGUUGGGUCUUUCAUACCCGCUUUCGCUGUAUAGGGAUAUUGCUAUGCUUGCCAAAGCAAGUACCUUCGCCCUGGCCUCCAUGAUGCUCAUCGUUGUCACGAUUGUUGUCCAAGGACCAAUGCAACCGGCGAAUCUGCGUGGGCAGCUCAGAGGAAGCUUGCUCAUCAACGACGGCGUCUUCCAAGCCAUCGGCGUCAUCUCCUUCGCUUUCGUCUGUCAUCAUAACAGCUUACUUAUCUACGGCUCGCUGAAAACCCCAACAAUGGAUCGCUUCGCGAGGGUCACGCACUACUCUACGGGCAUAAGUAUGGUGGCUUGCAUGGCGCUCGCGCUUGGCGGAUACCUCUCCUUCGGCGACAAAACUCAAGGCAAUGUCCUCAACAAUUUCCCAACGAACAAUGUCAUGGUCAAUAUUGCACGGCUCUGCUUCGGCCUCAACAUGCUUACCACUCUCCCCCUUGAAUGCUUCGUUUGCCGCGAAGUGAUGACCACCUACUACUUCCCCCACGAGCCCUUUCACCCAAACCGUCACCUCAUCUUCACCACUAGCCUGGUCGUCUCCGCCAUGACGCUCUCCCUUAUCACCUGCGACCUUGGCAUUGUCUUCGAGCUUGUGGGCGCCACCUCCGCGUGCGCUCUGGCGUACAUCCUGCCGCCGCUAUGCUUUGUCAAACUGACGAAGCGGCGCACGUGGGAGACGUAUGCGGCGUGGGCGUGCAUUGCAUUUGGGAGCGGCGUUAUGGCGAUCAGCAUUGUGCAGAGUUUGGCGAAGAUGGCGAGGCGGGAGGGUGGGACGGCCACUUGUUAGGUGAAUAGAUCCCACAAUGCACCGUCUUGUAGAACAACCAUCUCCGCCCCCCUAUUCCUGUAUCGACCUGCAAUUAAAGGGUUCUGUUUCUGGCCUUCCGUUGUAGCCACAGGCUUGCGUGUCGCUCCCGGGGGGAUGCCAUGCUU